AAUGUAUAUAUAUAAAUGUUAACACACAAACUUCUGCUAUUCACAAAAGUUUAAACAACUCAGUUCUUCUUGUCUCGAAAAUGAAACUCGUCCAGAGUACUUUCGUAUUUUCCUUUGUGGCUUUUCUUAGUUCUAUUACUUUGAGUUCACAGCGAACUCAAGACAAUCUCUAUGAAAUCAACAAUCAGAUUCAAAGAUCCAGAGAAGAAAAUUUGAAUGCCGAAUUUUUUCAUGGACUUUUACCACCUCAUGGAACAGAUCCAAAUCCGCAAACUGAAUUUAAUCUACCAGCUUUACCACCGCUUAGAAUACCAACACGUCAUCAUAAUCAAAAUGAAAUUACGGAAUUUAAUCAUCCACAUUUCCAACUACCUAAUGGAAUUCCAGUAAAUACGCAUAAUAUUGCUUAUUAAAAAAUAAUUAAAUGGCUGUUUAUAAAGUUAGGCGAACUUAUGGUAACGUGUAUAUCGUUAUUGACGGACGUGGGAAAGGGAACGGUGGUGUAUGGUGUUAAACAAUACUUCCACAAAUGUUGUUGCAAGUCACUUCCCUGGGUCGUGUAACUUUCGACACUUUUUCAUUAAAUUUGUAUAUUAAAAAUAAAAACAUUUUCUACCGUGAA